UCACAGUGUCCAAUCAUACGCAAGCCAAACAGGGAAGUGAGCCGUCGCUCGUUGCAGCUUGUGGAUCAUGGAUGCAGUUAGCUAGAGCGAGGCUAAUCUUCGAAGUCAAGGGAGAUAACAGUUUGCGAUUGUGUUUCCACAGAACGUGUCUGUUAAGUGAACAACGCCAGUGAAAAGUGAGAUGGUUCUGAAAACCGAUGUUGACAUCUGCACCGGAAUGACCGACUUCGAGAGUCAGGAGGUCCGGUCCAGCGGCGAGCUGUGGUCCGAGAUCUGCUCCAGCCUGCCGGAGGCGCAGGCGGAGGCGGCUCCGGAGAACAACACCGACUUCCGAGACUCAUUCCAGCCGGCAGCGCGAGACGAAGUGCAGGUCAACGGCCACUCAAAUGGGACAAAUACCAGCGGCCCCAGUGCCAAGUGGGAACCAAUGGAGGAUUCUGAGAUCUACAUAGCCAGUUUAGAGAAUCGUCUGAAGAAGUUAAAAGGCCAAACCAGCGAUGUGACCUCCAGGGACAUGUUGCGCUCAUUGUCUCAAGCCAAGAAAGAAUGCUGGGAUAGAUUCCUGCAUGACGCCCAGACCUCAGAGCUUUUUCAAGGUGGUGACUUGGAUGACAGUGCCCUCGAACACUUCAAGAGGUGGCUGAUUCCUGAGAAGGUGGCCAUCAGCGCAGAGGAGCUGGAAUAUCUACUGAGGCCUUCUCAGAAUAACGACCCACUGGGACCAAACCAAACUCUAAAUGGAGAGGACACAGAGGGGGAGAGCCACAACUCUGAGGAAGACAACACUCCCAGCCCAGAGAAAUGACCUUGUUUAAAGUGAAAUAACUAAUUUGGAGAAUAUUCAAUGAGGAUGACUUGUUAGACCCCACAGUCAUUUUGAGCCCUGUAAUGUCAUAUUGCUGUUUUUGGCCAAAGCUUUUGUUACUAGUGGUGAAAGAGGUAAUUACAGACUGUCAUUAUUCUCCGUAUCCCCAGCAACUGAGUUUUUUUUCUUUGCUAUUCAUCCCUUCAACCACAUCACACCAUGAAAAUAUUUAGUAAAGAGUUUGUUAUUAGACUUCUCUGCCCUCUAACAGUAUAAUUAGCAUCGCGUCUGUGUAGUGAUUCCUACUUUACUUCUAAACAAGAGUGGCUCGCUACGCUACACACACUGCAAAGGUUACAAUGUCACGUUGUAAAUAUAUGUUGACUCAUAUGUCAUAAGCAAUGCAUUAUCUUCCAGAGACAAUAUUUUUCUGUGACAUCUAAAGUAGAAAUACUCUUGUGAUAUAUUACUGAUUAUAAUGUAACAUACUGUGUAAUGUCUUUAUUUUUGCCAUGUUGAUUUUACAUAUGAUGUUUUACCUGUACUUAAAUAAAAACAAAAACAACUAA